AUGCAACACACCAACAUGUCGCGAUUCGUGUCUGGUGGCACGGAUGAGCAGCCGACAGAACGCGAUGAGGCGUGGCUCCAAGCUCAAAAGGAGAUUGAAGCAAAGCACCUCGCCAAGAUCGAGGCCGGCAAGCAGGAAGGCGGUAAAUCUCUCUAUGAGACUCUGCAAGCCAACAAAGCCGCAAAACAAGAGCAGUUUGAAGAAUCCAUCCGCCUCACCAACCAGUUCCAAUCGUUGAACGAAGAUGAAGUCGAGUUUCUGGACUCAGUCCUGGAAUCGCAACGCGAGAAGGAGAAUGCCGUGAGGAAGCAAACAGCCGAGGAGAUGCAAGCUUUCAAACAGCAGCAAGAGGAGGCAGAGAAGAAGGCAAAGGCUGCCGAGACUUCACAAACGCCAGAGACGGCGAGCACUUCUUGGGCAGUGUCGAGGAAGCGGAAGAAGGGAAAGGAAGAAGUCUUCGGUGGCGUGAAGCUGCGCAAGGCCUCCAGCGGCGAGCCGUCUCCAGCAUCGAAAAGUCCGGCAGUGGCAGACGCUCGAACAAGCACCAAGAAAGAUCCCGCUGCAGCGGACACACCUCAAACUGCUGGUGGGAAGGACAACAGGGCUGCAACAGUUUCGAGCCCAGAGAAGGAUAAGAUGAGCACCUCAAAGCCGCCUGCCGCGGUGAGCAGUGCAGGACUAGGAUUGGCCGCAUACUCAUCCGAUGAGGACGACUAG